UAUAUAUAUAUACACAUAUUCCAUGUGUCUGUAAGUAAUGUUCAAUGCCCCAUUUAUGUACUAUUUAAUAGGUAUGUAUUGGCAGGUUUGCAGCAAGUUUUUCCAACGAAACUGCUCGAUGGAUCCAUGUAGAGGAGCUCUGGGAAGAAAACUUGAGUGCUUCUGUUAGUCUUCAGGUUUUAGAAAUUACUGAGAAGUUUUCCACAAUGGAUGCUUCCCAUAGUAUUGCUACGAACUAUGGAAAACUUGAUUGAUUCUAAUAUGCUAUCUUGAGAACUAAAGAAAGCAUAAAGGGAUGAUAAAUUAUGUAGCUGGGUUUAUAGUUAUAUGAUCUAAAAUAGCAUGAAUAGGUAGUUUUAAUAUAAUAACUGUAAUCAUAAAGAUUUAUAUAUGAUCUAAUGCUCUAAUAUAUUUGUAUGUAGUUGUCUAGCGGAUUAAUUAGAGAAAAUAUUAUCAAAGAAAGUUAAGUGUAGUAAUUUUCUUCUAAUUGUUUCUGUAUAAUCUUUCUAAUUUCAGAAAAUUGAGGAUGGGACUUGAGAAGCUAGCUUGCAAGUUAUGAUUAAACAGGAAAAAUUACCAGAGAAGCUUGAAACAGUUGGUGCAUUUCAAAAGCUGCCCAUGGUGAUGCAAUCUUUUGAUAUUCUUUACUCAGCAAUAAAGAAGGCCAAGAGAGUUUCUCCAACUAAGGACAUUGCCAACAUUGCAAAGCGAGAGAGAAAUAGCGGUGCAAAGCAGCUUGAUGCGCUGAUGAAAGAAUUGGCAGCUCCUUUGAGGACUUACAUGGAGAGUUUUCCAAAGAGACAUACUAUUCAUCCAUAUGAGCGAUCUCUUAUUGAAUUGACUCUUGGAGAUGGAAAUUAUCAUUAUAUUAUAUCAAGAAUUAUUGUUAUAAGGUGUUUAUGUGCUGAGACGAACUUCAAAGAAACUUUUUUGGCAACAGUUUGCAAGAGGUCUAUAUUGAGAUGCAUUUCUUUGGCGCAAUACUAGACAACAUUGGUAGUUGAAGUUUUUAGAAUAAAACAUAUAUUUCACUAACUUUGUAUACAUUUAUUGUUUAAUAUUUGGUGAUAAUAGAAUUUGAUUGUAGUAUAAACUAUCAUGUAAUAUGAUUUUGUUAGCUGAGUAGACUAAAUAUUGAAAUUAUAUUUUUGAGUAAUUAAUAAAAAAUUAUUUUGUUGUAUUUUCUU